GGAACGUCAUUGCAGAAUGGAUGAAGAAAGUAUUUCUGGAGAUGAGAUGGAAAUAAUUAAGGGGGGCCCCGAACUGCAGACCCCCAAGAGCUGCACUGAGGUCCUGGAUUCUAACCAAGGCGCCGCUGAUCCCCUGCUGAAGGAGGAAGAGCUGUGUGAGGCCGUCCCCGUCGGGACCCCCCCACAUUUCAGCACCCCUCUAACCAAUAAAGGUGGAUCUGCUUCUAGAGUUGUACUGGAAUACAAAAGCUUCUACAAUGUGGAGUGCGAGAAGAUUAUCCACCAGCUGCGGCAGAACUGGAGCACCAGCAAACGCAAACUCGAGGAAUUGGACAUCUCCACCAUUGAAGCCGAGCCACCCCCCUUCUACCGGACCCCAAGUUCUGUGCUGCAGGCUUCAACGUAUAGAGCCAAGAGGAGGAGGAGGAUUGAUGGUCCAGAUCUUUCUGAAACAACCAAGCUCAAAUUCUCCUUUGCACAAUGCAAACCCAAUCCUGUCUGUCAAAUCCUGGAAGGGUCGGUAGAUUGGUUGCCCAGAUUGUCAUCUGAUGGAAAAUCUGCAACUCCCAAACGUAAACUCUUUCAGUUAGAUGGUAAAACGAGGCAUUCGGAAUGUAAUCAUGCAUUCAUAAGAAGGGGUGGAAGAUCUUCAGCAGGCGGUGAUCGAAGAACCAUUGGAUGGCCUAGAACCGGCAGCACCAAGCCACGUCCUGCACAGGGUGAGGCAGAUAAUAAACCUGACCUGGAAUCACUAGGGGGUUCCAUCCAACCUCUGGAGUUCAGAAGUUUCUUUUUUGCAGAGUGUGAGGCCAUUUGCAAUCGGCUAAAACAUUGUAGUAGCAAAAGGAUAUUGGAUGUGUCCACCAUUGACGCUGAACCUCCACCAAGCCUGUCUUCGAGUUUCACCUUUUUAUCAGAACAGGACAGCAGCCACGCCAAGGCAAAUUCCUAUAUGGGUUUGAGUCAACUGGAUCUGGGGAAGAUGAACUUAAAUGGAACUGCCAAAUGGGGAAGCUUCUGUCUACAGAAGAACUCAAACAGCAAUGCAACUGGCCCAAGGAAGGGGGCUGUUGUCAACACCACCAAAGACAUGGGGAACAUGCAUGGUGUAGGGUCUGUAGCAAAUAUCACCCAAGACAUUGUGACUGGGUGUGAUGAGGAGAAAAUUGCAGAUGCCACCCAGGACAUUGUGACUAUGUACAAUGGGGUAUCAGCAGCGGAUGCCCCCCAGGACAUUGUGACCAAUCGUGAUGGAAUGAAAGCACCAGGUGCCACCCAGGACAUUGUGACCAUGUGCAUUGGGGUAUCGGCAGCAGAUGCCAGCCAGGACAUUGUGACCAAUUGUGAUGAGGCCUGUGUGUUGAAGGCUACUUUUAACAUGACGACAACACCUGAUAAAGUGUCCGGUGCCAAUACCACUCAAGAUAUUGUGAAGGAAGAUGGCAAUUUUGUAGCGGAUGUCACCCAGGACAUAGAAAUGGAGCACGAUUUUUCUGUAGCAAAUGCCACACAAGAGAUCAUGCCAAUGUGUGAUGAGAAGGGUUCAAAUGUCCCGCCAAACAUUGCAAUGUGCGGUGUGGAUGGUAAGGGCAACCCUGCAGAAAUGGGUGCCCAUGUAUUAAAGACUAAUAAUGUUGUGACUGUGCAUGACGAUGUAGCUAACCCCAAAAUUGUGACCCUCUGUAACCGGGAUCCUGCACCUGGCCGCACGUUAAACACUAUGACAACUCUUUCCUUGCAGGACUUUAAAACAAAACUCACAAAGGCAACUCAUGAAAGUACUACACGUAAAGUAAGUAAAAUGCAUUGGGUGGUAUCUGCAGAAGAUUCAACAAGACCUAAAACUGAAACCUGUGCUGAGGUUCCCGUAUCAGAAACUGCGCAGGAUAUGGAGACAAUUCAAGACCAAGCUCCUGGAGCAGAGGGAGAACAGGGCAGAGUAUGCAAUGUGCCAGUUGCUCAAAGGCGUAUUUUAAUGGCAGGUGAUACGAAUAUCCCAGAGAGAGCACAUGGUGCAAUAAAUAGGGGAAAUGGUAUUAAUAAUACGACUUUUCUAUGUAUACAGAGGAAGUCUGAUCAGAAUGGUGUAACCAUUGGCUAUUCGGGAGAUAUUGCACAUAUCUGCAAGGAAUCCCUUCCAGCAUCCUAUACUUCGCCUUUAUCGACCAUGAAUAGUACGGUUACCAUCAGCAACUCAUGCCAAGUUCAUACUGAAAGGUCAACCACUACCAUCAUCGACUCAAGCCAAGUUCAUUCUGAAGGGUCAACCACUACCAUCGACUCAAGCCAAGUUCAUUCUGAAGGGUCAACCACUACCAUCGACUCAAGCCAAGUUCAUUCUGAAGGGUCAACCACUACCAUCGACUCAAGCCAAGUUCAUUCUGAAGGGUCAACCACUACCAUCGACUCAAGCCAAGUUCAUUCUGAAGGGUCAACCACUACCAUCGACUCAAGCCAAGUUCAUUCUGAAGGGUCAACCACUACCAUCGACUCAAGCCAAGUUCAUUCUGAAGGGUCAACCACUACCAUCGACUCAAGCCAAGUUCAUUCUGAAGGGUCAACCACUACCAUCGACUCGAGCCAAGUUCAUUCUGAAGGCCCAACUGCUACCAUCAGUGACUCAUACCAAGUUAAUACUGAAGGGUCAACCACCACCAUAAGCUACUCAAGCCAAGUUCAUACUGAAGGGUCAACCACUACCAUCAACGACUCGAGCCAAGUUCAUUGUGAAGGCCCAACCGCUACCAUCAGUGACUCAGGCCAAGUUCAAUCUGAAGGCCCAACCACCACCAUAAGCUACUCAAGCCAAGUUCAUACUGAAGGGUCAACUGCUACCAUCAAUGACUCAAGCCAAAUUCAAGCUGAAGGGUCAAAGACCAUUGCCAUGAGUACACCAUCUACCUUUAAGGAGCAGGACACUACAAGGAAUGUUGUAAUAAACAUGGAGGUGUGUAGCAACAUUACAACAUGCAAUGCCAUAGCUACCUCCAUUGCAGAAGACGCUGCAUUCAUUACCCAGGAACUAGAAUCCAAUACAACACCAUCCAAUACUGAAGUAAUUGUGGCAAAUUGUACUCUGCUGGGUGGUGUCCCUCAGGUUGCUCAACCAAAGAACGACAGUAGAGGUAUAAGAGAGAUGUCUCUGGGUGGAGGGAAUCCAAUGGACUCCAUAUGUGAUCUAGACAUUACCUACAUUGCCAAUGAGGAAAGUGUCUUCCAUAAAGGAUCCUUUAACUUUAUUACGUCUACACCACUUCUUCCAUUCAUGAAUAGUAAUGUUUUUAUUAAGAAGUCUAGUGGUAAGUCCAUACAACCCAAUCCUAAGCUCUUUCCUAAUAAAGAUCAGAGAGAGCAGAAACAGAUGGCCAUUCCCAAACUGGCCAGUUCAAGACUGCCAACGAGGGGGAACUUCACCCAGAUAAGAGGGCAACUCUCCCAAGAUUUUCCAACUCCUGGGCCUAUUAAAAGCUCUCUUCCAAAGGCAGCCAAAACCUCAUUAAGGGUCCCUAAACCUGCGACCGGCAUCUCCACCCUGCGAUACCCAGCGGUCUCCACCACAGUUAUAAGGACACCACAAGUGACCAGAUCAGUGACUUCAGAGAAAGUUCAGGUGGGACUGAACACAACAAAUAGAAUCCCCACUGGUUUGCCGAGGAGGAAUGUUGGGAUCGCCCAGAAUGGUGCAGCAAAUAGAAUUCCACAUCCGAAGGGUUUGGAAAAUGGCCCCAGAGCUGGAAAAGGUCCUGGCAUCAAGGGUGGAUUUGACGCAGACCGGCCUUCCUUUGUGAGACCCCCAGAUCAGAUCGGUACCCUGGCCAAUAGGAUCCAUACAGAAAAAAUACCCAACGUGAUUCCUGGUCCUCCAAGUGCUGCGCGUGGCGGCAAAGCUUCCUUCUUGCCUACCCUCCAGCCUGCUGGGCCUAGAACGUUGGGUUCUGUAAGGCCGGACCUCACUUUUAUCUGCAACCCCCAGCUUGCUGGAUCCCUGACCACUUCCAGAAUAAGGCCGUGUUCCUCAGCCUUACCGGUGAGAAGAAAAAUGCAAGCGGCUCCCGUCCUCCACAGCACCCGGGGCCCGCAGUGAGGAAUCCCCUCCCCCCGCUCCACAUUUUACCAUCUGAUCCAGAAAACGUUCCUCCAAAGAACUGCCGAUCGCCUCCUUGUAAUGUGACCUUCCAAUAGACGGUUCCCGGCUCCACCAGACUCCAUGUCGGAUGUUCUAAUAAUAUUUCCAGUUUGUUGUCAUUUUAAUGUGAAAUUAUAGA